GGUCUCGCUGUUCAAAGUUCUUUGACUUCCUUCUCCACCAAUGCAAACAUGGCAACUGAUGAUGACGUCACUACCUGUUCCGUCACUGGAAGUGAGGCUGGAGACAGCCCCUGGUGGCAGAUGGAUCUGAAUGGAGCAGUUAGAGUGGCUAGUGUGGAGAUCACAAAUAGGAAUGAUGAUAAAUACACGUGGCUCGCAAACAUACGGAUUGAUGUCUAUGAUGAACUGCCAUCAUCCUGCUUAGAUGAGAUUGUCACCCCGAAAAGCUGCACAUCUCGUGAAGAACAAGUGGGUCAAGGUGAAGCGGUGACCUUGAUCUGUGACAUCCCCAAGACUGGCCGUUACUUGAGGAUCACCAAGAAUUUCAAAAGUCCUGGAGAAGCCCUGUCUCUGUGUGAGGUCACCGUCAACGUCUUACAUUCACAAUAACACCGCAAAGGUGUGACCCGUGCCCCAUUUGGCAUCUGAACCUUAAUUGCUUGUCAGUUCACGUGAGUCUGUGUGUAACAAAGUAAUAAA